AUCAUCAACCGGAUUAACCCCCAACAUCCUCAGAACACCUCAUCAUCCUGUGGGACCCUAGAAAACUUCUUAUUUUAAAUAAUGCCGGUGCUUCCUUCCCUCCUUCUCCUCACUCCCCCCUCCUGCUAUCAUCACUCUACUCUCCUUUUACCUCGUUUCCUCGCCCGGGGUAUUUCCUUACUACCGCCCUAGAUAUUCAAGCUUUACAUAUAGCCCUUUUCCAUCCCCAUUCCAUCUUGUUUCCCUUGCACCGUCCUGUGGUGUUUGGGUCGAUAAAGGAGACACUGUCGUCAUGGCUCCCCAGGUCAAACAGGUCGUGUGGCCGUGCAUGAGCAAACGUCCUCCCUUCAACCUGCAGGUGCCGGGCGCCGAGAAGAAAGAUGGAGAAGGAAUUCCCCGACGCCACCCGGGCUCAAUUAACGGUCUCAGAUCGCGGCUGGAGCCGGAUAUCACGACCACCUAUGACAUUGUGAAGAGAGGAGCUGCAAAGUUCGGUGACGCCCAGUGUCUGGGCUCUAGAACACUCAUCAAACAACAUGAAGAGAUUAAAAUGUUGAAGAAGGUUGUCGAUGGCGUUGACCAGGAGGUUCCCAAAACUUGGAUCUACUACGAGAUGUCUGGUUACAAGUUUCUGAGCUUCAAAGAGUACUUGGAGAGGGUCAACAUGAUCGGCGCUGGGCUGAAAGCUUUGGGACUGGAAAAGGGUGAGAAAGUACAGAUAUUUUCUGCUACCAGGCAAGUCUCAAUAUCCGGGGACUCCGGUGACAAAGCAUGUUGAGGGCAUGAGGGGCAACUGCUAAUAUUAACUCUGAGCCAGUGCAAACUGGCUUGGGAUGUCGCAUGGUAAGCUCCACGGCUCUGGCAAUUAAAUAUGGGCAGCCGUUAAUGAUGACUGUUUGCAUGUAGGAUGUGCUUCUCAGUCGCUACCAAUCGUCACUGCCUACGAUACCCUUGGCCAAUCUGGUCUCACACACUCACUUGUUCAGACGGAAGCGAAGGCCAUCUUCUUGGAUUCCCAACUCCUCCCCCAGCUCGUCAUCCCGCUUAAGGAGGCUACCGGGGUGAGAUAUGUUAUUUACAACACCGACCAACAGGUCAAGCAGGAGCACAUAGACAAGCUGAAAGAGGUCUAUGAGAGUUUACGGGUCGUCAGCAUCGAUGAACUUGUUGAACUUGGACAAGAAAAUCCUAUUGAACCGGACCCAUCUGGACCCGAGGAUCUUUGUGGUAUCAUGUAUACCUCGGGAUCCACUGGAACCCCCAAGGGCGUCCCUCUUCUCCAGAAGAAUGUAGUUGCAGCCAGUAUGGCGCCCCCUAGAAUUAUGACGGUCUGGGCAUAGCUGACCAAUCGAUGUAGUUACUGGUGUUACCGUUAUCACUCAACCUUACAUCGGUCCCGGCGAUUGUCUCUUGGCUUUCUUGCCCCUCGCUCACAUUCUCGAGCUUGUCUUUGAGAACGCUUGCAUUUUCUGGGGAGGAACUUUGGGCUAUGGUAACCCCAAGACCAUUACCGACAGAUCCAUGAAGAAUUGCAAGGGUGACCUCCAGGAGCUCAGACCCACUGUUCUCGUUGGUGUGCCGGCUGUAUGGGAAACCGUUAAGAAGGGAAUUAUGGAUCAGGUGUCUAAACAGCCUACCUUGACCCAAAAGCUCUUUUGGGGAGCCCUAGCUCUGAAGAGCUUCUUGCUCCAGACCGGGAUCCCCGGAACUGCAGUGUUAGAUGCGGUUGUCUUCAAGAAGAUCAAGGCUGCUACUGGCGGGAGGUUGAAGAUAUGCAUGAGCGGAGGCGGCCCGAUUGCUAAGGAGACUCAGCAUUUCAUCAGUAUGGCGCUCUGCCCUAUGAUUAUUGGUUACGGUUUGACCGAGACAUCGGCGUAAGUCCUCAUUUUUGGAGCAUGAUUCUGAUCAUCGCUGAUUAUCAUAGUAUGGGUGCUCUGAUGGAUCCUGCCGAGUGGAAUGUUAAUAGCCUCGGGACGGUUCCCGCAAGUGUCGAGAUCAAGCUUGUCGACUUCCCUGAUGCAGGAUACUUUACUAUCAACGAACCCGAACAAGGUGAGAUUUGGAUCCGCGGCGAGUCCGUGGCCACAUCAUAUUUCAACAAUGAGGAGGAGAGUAAAGAGGCUUUUGAAGACGGAUGGUUUAAGACCGGAGAUAUCGGUGAAUGGGACAAAAACGGUCAUCUUAAGAUUAUCGACCGCAAGAAGAACUUGGUCAAGACUUCUAACGGUGAAUAUAUUGCUCUUGAAAAGGUUGUCUUCUUGCUUACAGGGACUACACGUGUUUCUAGCGACGCUGACUCGGUGUUCUUUAGUUGGAAUCUGUCUACCGCGCUUGCCCACUGGUAGCCAAUAUCUGUGUUUAUGCAGACAAAAACAAGACAAAGCCAGUCGCGCUCAUUGUUCCUGUUGAAGGCCCACUCAAGAAGCUCGCUGCCGAGGCUGGUGUCGAGGGCGAGCUUGAAGGGCUUGUUCACGAUGACAAGGUUAGGGCGGCUGUCCUGAGAGAGCUCAUUGCCGCAGGGAGAAAAGGUGGCCUUGCCGGCAUUGAGUUGGUCGAGGGGGUAGUCCUCACUGAGGAAGAAUGGACACCUCAAAAUGUAAGCUCUACUUUCUGAGUCGUGUUGGGGAAUUUUACCAAUGGAAAAUUGUGAUCUAGAACUUGGUCACUAGCGCACACAAGUUAAACCGCCGGAGUAUCCUGGAGAAGUACAAGAAGGAGGUGGAUCGUGCGUAUGGAGCGGCAUAAUCGAUUGGGGUUUACGGGGGUGUCGCUCUUGGCUUCUAUAGCUAGAGAGGAGGAUGUGUUUCAUAUUAUAUGAAUGAUCGGGGGCUUCCGGAUUUAUUUUUCCUGGCUUUGUUUUUCUUGUUUUAUUCCCGGAACUUGUGUACUUUAUAUCUGCAGGUUCUGACUCUGGCAAUGUGGACGGGAUCUGGUAAUGGAUGUUGAAUCAGGCG